UCAGCCCGCUGCGCAGCUGAUGUCGGCAGAGGGCGUCGCGUGCGGCGGCUGUGCUGUGCCUCCGCUCCACCCUCCGCCAGAGGAGCGGGUUUAUCCCGAGGGAGCGGCGCGCACACGUCCAGAGCGAGCGGUCGCCGCGUCUGGAGAGGAUGGACGGCGCGACGGGGCCCGGUGUUCCGCUGCUGCUGCUGCUGCUGCUGCUCCACGGGCCGCGACCCGCCGCCGCCGCCGCCGGCGCGUUCACGCAGCGCUGUGACUCAUCCACAGAUGGCACCAUGUACAAAUAUCAGGCCAAGACUCUGAAUGGAAGUUCCACCGUGAACCUCAGCGAUUAUGCGGGCAAGAGCGUCCUCUUCGUCAACGUGGCCACAUACUGAGGGUACACCUUCCAGUAUGUGGAACUGAAUGCACUACACGAUGAGCUCAAACCACUCGGAUUCACGAUUCUUGGCUUCCCCUGCAACCAGUUCGGGAAACAGGAACCGGGACAAAAGCACGAAAUCCUGCCGGGCCUGACACAUGUCAGACCAGGCAACGGAUUUGUUCCAAACUUCCUGCUGUUUGAGAAAGGUGAUGUGAACGGAAACAAUGAGCAGGAGGUUUUUACUUUCCUCAAGAAGUCGUGCCCCCCGGUAGGAGACAGCUUCGGCAGCUCCAGUGACAGGUUGUUCUGGGAGCCCAUAAAGACCAGCGACAUCAAGUGGAACUUCGAGAAGUUUCUGGUGAGCCCAGAUGGAAAGCCGGUGAUGAGGUGGCACCCGAGCGUCAACAUUUCGCAGGUCCGGGCCGACAUUCGCAAAUACCUGCUGGAGCUGUACACGCAGGGUAUUUUUAAUUAGACGCCUAGGUCGCUGUACAAAUGAUCCAUCUAGUGAAGUAACUGUAGAAAUAGGUUAGAACAUGUAAUGAGUUAAUUGGCAGUUUCUGAUGCAUGAAGGUGGCAUCUUGAAUGAAGAGGAGGCUAGAAAACAGGAAUACUGUGGUGUCUCCUUUGAGUCUGGGGUUCAGGUCAGUCCUUCAGUGCAUUCAGGCUGCCCUGCAUUCCCACAGCACGAUGCCAUCUUCUCCUCCCAGGAACUGUUAGUCAUCACAACCUAAAUGUUAAUUACCACCAAUAAAGAUUAAAAAAAACA